AUGGAGAAAAGGAAAAAUAUUGUGCAGUAUAGAGAGGGAUUGGAUAAGACUCUUGCCUCAUUUGGUCUUACAAAUGAUCAGAAACUUAAAUCGCUUGUCGAAAGUCAAGUUCGAUGUUCUUCGCAAUCGGAGACCGAAUUGGAAGGUUAUGCGGAGAAGCUAGAAAUUAAGACUGCUGAGUUAUCGAAUUUUCUUGAUAUGGUGAGAAGUGCUUCUGCAGAUGAAAACGGAGGAUCUAGUACAUCAGACACUGGUUGGAAAUUAAAACAGGAUAACGAGGAAUUCCGCGUUAUGUACCGCGUAGGACCAGAGGGAACUCCCUAUCAUACAUUGCUGGUUGAAGGCUAUGUAGAUGGACCUGUUGAUGUUUCUCUAUGCCUCUCAUGGGAAUCAACACUAUAUAAGAAAUGGUGGCCUCAGUUUACGAUUCCGUCUUUCAAAGUACUUGCAUCUGAUUGUUUGCAGAAGGUCCAAACUGGCGAACAAAUUGCGCUAGUAAGGAUGAAGCCACCAUGGCCACUGUCUACAAGGGAGGCUAUAGUUCAUUAUUAUCUCUUUGAGUACUUCCAAGAUGACUUGAUAGUUGUUCUUUUGAAAUCGGUCACGGAGCCAGAGAGAGUGAAUGAGACUAUUGACGGUUUCAACAAUGAUGUGAUUCCAGAAGCAAAUGGUGUUGUGAGAAUUGAUUUGGUGGGAGGUUAUGUUAUACAAAAAGUGACUUCUGAAAGAAGUUAUUUUCGAACAAUAGCGAAUUUGGAUAUUAAGGUGGAUUUUAUGCCUCCUUCCCUUGUAAAUUUCAUUUCAAGGCAACUUAUCGGCAGCGGUUUUAGACUUUAUCAGAAGGCUGUGGCCUCUAUGAUGAACAAUGACAGAGAAUUCAGCAAGGCCUUGACAGAUUCGUUGUAUGUUAGAAUUCGUGAAGCUCUAUAUAGUACCUCUGAAUCAAAUGCUAUGGUCGAGGAGGAGCUUAUGCAAGUUGCAAGCAUUCUUCCCGCGGAAGAACUUAUUCAAAGUAAGCAAGAUAGCGAAAAAGAUAUAUCCCGAGAUAGUUACAAUGGUGAGAUUUUAGAUGCUGGUAGUGAAGAGACUGUACAAAGCGAGAAGGAUAUCAACAAAGUACAUGAAAUUCCAAUUGAGGAAAGUGGCUCGCCUUUUGUACUAAAGAGCAAUACGAAUUGUGAGAUUGUCGACGCAGAUAGUGAAGAGAUUGUAAUAGAAGCAAACAUUGAAGAGAUUGUACAAAUCGAGAACAAUACGAAUAAAGAACAUGACAUUUCAAUUGAGUAUGAUGAUACAAGAGGUGUACAGAAAAGAAAGAGCAAUGUAUAUAUCAAUUCAAAUGUAAAACAGGCUUUAGAAACAUUAGAAAGGGCGAUUUCAGCAGUUCGGAAGUACGGAUUUCACUCGCGCAGAUUCUCUUUUACCUUUGCUAAUGAAGCGGCUGCCUCCAAAGAAAAGGGUGAUGAAGUUGAUCAAUAUUCCGCAAAGCUUUUUCAACCAUCUGCGAAAAAUGAUAUCGGUAUACCACGCGAAAGCUCAGAUGACCUCUAUGAAAUCCAAACCAUCAGGCACGCCGGAACGGAUUAUAACAAAGUAGUACUGGCUUUACCGAAUCAAAAUCUCUUGAGACCGAUUGAAGCGAGUCAGGUUGAUUCAUAUUCUUUGAAAACUGAGACAACACUCGACCAGCUUUUAUGCGAUAACAAGGAAUAUACAGAACCAGAUAUGUCUUCGGGCGAUCCAAUAAAAUCAAGCAGGCAGAACAAAAUAAAUAGCCUUGUAACUGAAGGUAUCUCUUCAGAUGUACCGAAACAGUUAAACAAGAGGAAAAAUUAUAGAUACUGUUGUUUUUCGUAUUAG